UAAGGGAAAGACCGCUAGAAUGUAAAGACUGAGUUUGGGAACUACUGCCACAACUUUCAGGGUAAUGCAGUUCGGACCAUCGCGGGUUUUGUUUGUGUCUUUCAGCCUUGGCAGCGCUUUUGCUUACUAUUCAGAGCUGAGAAAAGCAAUGAAGUGAGACCAAAAUAAGGACACUGAGAUAUUUCAUGUACCUAAUGAAAUAAAAUACUUAUUGAUAAAAAAAGAACACUGGCGGUAUCAGAAGGAAACCCGUAAAACAAAAUUUUAACUUAAGGCAACGGAUCAUACCGAUAUACAGUAAAAUUAUUUUUCCCCGCUGUUGUACAGUUUCAUGAAUUUCUGUAACACGUGUACCAAAGGACAAACUUGGAGCUGUGCCUACGGUAAUCAACUAUCUAUUUCAGACACAGUACAGAAAUUCCCAGUAAUUAUUUUUGAUUCGUUUUAACGGUGGAUAUUUCCGCGGUAGAGCUCUGCCGGAUCCCGGUUUCAAUUACCUUCACUUAUCAGGUGUUCCAGGGACUUAGUGGACGGCACUGCCCCAGUGUCACAUUCUCUUUUAUGAAGAAUAUGCGGCACCAACAUUUAACUACCCUCUGCGGUUUCAUGUCUCCCCAGAACCCACGACAACCCUCUUUUUCCCCCCACCGGAAGGCUUCCAGUUUUGGAUAUCUGAUAUUAGUCAGUCUGAUUUUGACUUUCAUUGAAAUAUACAGCACUCAGGUAAUAGAUUACAGGUUGCAUAGAUGGGAGCCACAGCUUGGACACCGCCAACGUCGGCAGCUAAGCCCCAAUGAAUGGUCACAGUGGGGAAGUUGGAGCUUAUGUUCUAGUACCUGUGGAGGAGGGGCUGCUUUCCGUGUUCGGAGUUGCUUCAGGUUCUCACAAAGAGAUGACUGUUCAGGUGACCCAAGACAGUACAAAGCAUGUAAUGUUCAGUUUAGAGGUGUAGGUGUAGUAGAUAUGGGUACUAGGGGAGGAGAUAUGAAUAACAUUCUAGAACUAAAAGAAUAUGAAUGGAUCAUUCGAUUGCAAGCAGAUGUAGCACCAGGAAUUGAAUAUGGUCAUAUGAUUUUUAUGAAGAUACUUCAAGGGUAA